AUGUCUUUACACGCGGAGAGCCAGCAGCCCAUGAUCGUCACAGCAGUAGCUGUGACCCUCCCAAUCACCGUCGCCAGUUUCGUGCUUCGGCUGUUAUGUCGCAAACUCACCAAGCAUACGCACUGGCUGUCAGAUGCAUUUGCGCUCGUUGCCUUUGUGAGUCUGCUGGGCAGUUCCGAGUCCUGGGUGCGCGGGAUUAAUGAGCAAUGGCCCUUCAGUUGUUUUGCAUCGGCCUCAAUACGUCCAAGCUCAUCUACCACAUGGCAGGCUAUGCUUGAUUAUGUGUGCAAAUGGUCCCUGAUAGCCGACGUGGUUAACAUCGGGUUUGCUCUAGCCUUAAGAACCGACGGCCUCGGGCAACACAUCUACGAUCUCGAUCUUCCAGUCGACGAGGCAGUGUAUAGAACGCAAGUCCCGUACAUGGUUGCUCGCUUCGUCUAUAUCGGGUCAAUAUAUUUCUCGCAGAUGGCCCUCCUCUGUCUUUACCGACGGGUAUUCGGAGUCAAUGCAGCAUUCAACAUCUGCAUAUACCUCAUGAUGGCCUACUCGACCGCGUGGUUCCUGGCGAUCUUCUUCGCCAACCUCCUCCAGUGCUAUCCGGUCCAGAAGGCGUGGAACUCACAGAUCCCCGGCCACUGUAGCCAAAACCAAUACGCCCUGUUCUUCACCAUGAUACUGGGGCAUACCGUAUUAGACGUCGCCAUGGUCGUAGCGCCCAUCUCCAAGAUCCGGCAUUUGAGCCUCCGGCGCGCCCACAAGAUCGGGUUGACUCUGCUUUUCGCCUGCGGAGUGCUUGUCUGCGCGUGUUCCGUUCCGGCCAUGGUCGCAAACAUCACGACUAAGGACCCGAAGGACGUCACUUGGAAUGUCGGGAAGACAACGUUCUGGACGGUAAUAGAAGUGAAUCUCGGUCUCGUGACGGCCAACAUGCCUAUGACACGUGCAGGCUUUCAGGAGAUAUCAAACCAUAUUCCAUGGAUCUCCAGUAAUCCAGCGUCCAACUCCUCGGCGCAUGAGCUAGCAGCUCCCAGCCAAGAGGCAAGCUUGCGAACACUAUCGCUGAAACCCAAGUCAGAAGCUUCGUCGCAGUCUGUACGUCGGCUCGUGUCUCCAUCCGCGGAUGAUCUACCAGACUUGUAG